AUGGUCGUCCCUACCGAUGCUCUUCCAGUAGCCACCAUGAUUAAUAUGGUGGCUGGCAUCAAAUUGACUUCAGCCAAUUACCUUCCUUGGCGUCGUCAGAUCACUCAUAUGGCCGAGUGUUUCGAUUUAAUAGGCCUUCUUGACGGCUCUGUCACACCUCCCUCUCAAUUCUCUCCACUGCCCGACAAUGCCACAAACCCUAAUCCUGCCUUUCUCUCAUGGCGCACCAAAGACCGUAAGCUGCUCAGUGUUAUUUACUCUUCCCUUUCUGAAGAGGCUGCAUCUGAAGUAAUUAACGCCGUUUCUUCUCGUGAGUUAUGGCUGACCCUUGAAGAGGUCUUCUCUUCGGCAUCUCGACAUCAUCAACUUCGCGAGGAACUCCUCUCGCUCCGUCGGGGUGACAUGACUGUUGAUGACUAUGGUCGGCGGUUUAAAGGAUUAUGUGAUCAAUUGUCUGCGAUUGGUCGUCCGGUGGACGCGUCUGACCAAAGUCAUUGGUUUCUUCGCGGAUUAGGUAUUCAAUUUGCACACUUCGCCGACACCCGUUUGGCCUUCUCUCCAGUUCCGGUUUUCAGGGAUUUGCUUAAUCAAGCGAAGCAGUAUGAUAUGUUAAUUCGCUCAAUGGAGACGCCGCCUUCCUCUGUCGCCUUCUAUGCUGAUCGAUCGGCGUCCUCGAGUGAUCCCUCCCGCCAUCGUUCCUCUCAUGACAGUGGCAAUCCUCAAGGGCAUAGUGGCGGUCGCAGCAAUCAUCGUGGUCGGGGUGGUCGCCAGCACUCGAAUGGUGGAGGUGGCGGUCGUCAUUCAAAUGGUGGUCGCCGGCCCUAUGUACCUCGCUGCCAGAUCUGUCAAGGAGCGCACUAUGCUGAUAAGUGCCCUCAAUUUCUUGAGUGUCGUCAAUCUAUGUCUCCGGCAAAUUUGGCGAAGGCAUUCUCCUCCUCUUGCGCUGUCUCCAACCCUCCGCCUGACUGGUGUCUCGAUUCCGGUGCAUCCACUCACAUGACGAAUCAGCCUGCCACUUUGGAUUCGCUCGAGUCAUACUCUGGUAACUCCUCUGUCAUAGUUGGUAAUGGUUCUAAUUUAUCUAUAUCACACAUUGGUUCAUGUCGUCUUCCUAACGGUAUGCGGCUUAAUGACGUUUUGGUGGUGCCACAUCUCACCAAAAAUCUUGUGUCUAUUAGUAAAUUAACUUCAGAUUUGCCGGUUGAUGUUGUGUUUUCUGGAAACUUGUUUCUUAUUCAGCAUCGGGAGACAAAGGAACCCCUGGCUCGGGGUCGAUGUGAUGGAGGCUUAUACUACAUGGAUCGGUGGUGUCCGGCAUUAGCAGCCGCUGUUCGUAAUAAGGUCUCAAAGGCAAGCUUCGAGCUGUGGCAUUGUCGCUUGGGCCAUGCUUCUUCUUCCAUUAUCUCAUUGUUACAGAAAAGUGGGUCUCUUACUGUAACUACGGAUUCAUCUAGCACUCGUAUUUGCUCUUCUUGUAACUUGGCUAAAAGGAUUACUCACUUCAUAAGCUCGAGCCGCGGAGCCGUCCUUGCAUCUUUGUGGGCUACAGUUGUGUAUACAAGGGUUUUAGGUGUCUUGACCCAACUACAUCUCGUAUCUACACAACUCGACAUGCUCAAUUCGACGAAUUGUGCUUCCCAUUCUCUCAAACCACUUCGACAAGUCCAGUUUCCAGCCUUGAUUUCUCUUCCUUUCUCGAUGACAUGCCGGCACCGCCUCUGUCUUUUGAGGACCGCGCAGCUCCCCUCCAUGCUGCAGUGCGUCCAGUCAUCAUUUCUGAUGAAGCACCAGAUCCUCCGGUCGAUCCGGUACAGCCAGCUCCUGCCCAGCCGGCUGAUCUUGUGCCGCCACCUUCACCACAGUCGGGUGCUCCUGCUCUUAUCCCGGCUGCUCCUGUUCCUGCCGUCAAUUCCACGGGUGCCUCUCACCCCAUGA